AAAUCAAGUUGUCAAAUUUGGUUUCGGUUUUCUGCGGCAGGAUUUUUGAUAAAAGAAAAUUAGACUAAGAUGGGACGCCGCAAAUCAAAAAGAAAGCCUCCAGCAAAACGAAAGGCAAUAGAACCAUUAGAUCAACAAUUCAACUGCCCUUUUUGUAAUCAUGAAAAGUCGUGUGAAGUCAAAAUGGAUCGAGCGAGAAAUACAGCUAGAAUACAAUGUCGAGUAUGUUUAGAAGAUUUUCAAACUACUACAAAUGUCCUGUCGGAACCAAUUGAUGUGUAUAAUGACUGGGUUGAUGCUUGUGAAAGCGCUAAUUAACUUUUAAUUAUUUGAAUUAGCUAAAAAUUAUUGAUAAGUUUCAAAAUAUCAUAAUGUUUUCGCUUAUAUGUAAUAAAUAUUCUUUGCACUGUGUAACAAGUCAGUGAUACAAACCUUGUAAAUAAUAUUU